AUGCCAAUCGGAACACUUUACGCUUUAUCAACCUCACCAAGAAGUACAUUUUUGAUCUCACUCGUCAAAUUUACUGGACUCGAUAUUGAGAUCAAGAGCAGCAGUGCUCCCGAAUUCAAAGAGCAAUUUCCAUUGGCGAAAUGUCCAGCUUACCUCGGAGCCGAUGGCUAUCACCUGACUGAAAAUCUCGCCAUCAUCAAAUAUAUCAGUGAAAUCUCACCAAAGAAGUACAACUGGUACGGAAAAGACGCUAAAGAGGAGGCGAAAGUGUGGCAAUGGCUCUCCUUCUUCAAUUCAGAAUUCAUGUCAGCUCUGUGCGACUGGGCCCUGCCAACUAUGGGAAUCUUGCCUUACAAUGCUGAACAGAUACAGAGAGGUAUUGAUAGGCUCGAAAAGCUAGCUGGCCUUCUCGAGAAGCAGCUAGCAGAAUCCAAAUAUCUUGUUGGAGACGAGGCCACGCUAGCCGAUUUGUACGCUUCCGAGUAUGUGAAAGGUUCCUACAGCGGUCUUUGGGAUGAAACUUGGGCCAAAGAACAUCCUGGUAUUACAAGAUGGCUAGGACAGCUGAAAACGGAUCCAAUAGUUGGAGAGUCCUUGAAAAAUCUUAAACCUGCAGCCAAGAAAAAUGAGUAG